GACAAACAGUUGCUGUGCAUACAGAUGGAACUAUGUAACUGCACUUUACAUUACUGGCUAGAAAAAAGGAACAGAACAGUUGAUUACGAAACUCUUGACCUGCAUCCAGAUGUUAAACAAAUUUUCCAUGAAAUUUUGUGUGGAGUCAGCUAUCUACAUUCCAGGGGUCUAAUGCAUCGAGACUUGAAGCCGCAGAAUAUAUUCCUUAUGGGCAACAACCUCCAUGUGAAAAUUGGUGAUUUUGGCCUCAUCAAAAGUGUGAACGGUAAUGACAGCAUCUGCUCAUCCCCUUCAGUUGAAGGAAUUCCUGUUGAUUUUAACACAACCACACGUGUUAUAGGGAGUAAGAUGUACGGUUCCCCUGAACUACUUAGCGGACAGAAAUGUGACACAAAGUGUGACAUAUACAGCCUGGGAAUUCUGCUGUUUGAAAUGUGUAGCAUCUUCACUACUGGAAUGGAGAGAUUCGAAACCCUUAGUGAGCUGCGAGAUAAAAACCGCUGUUCUGGAAAGUUAAGGAGGAUAUGGUCGGAAUUGAAGAUCCAACUUAUUGAAGAACUCAUCAACCCUGUGGCUGAACUCAGACCAACUGCCGAGGAAGUUCUCAAGAAUCCAUUGUUUGACCCAGAGCAUGUUGAACUGCCGCGAGAAGCAUCUGCAGAUGCCCAGUUGAUGGGCUUUGCAAAUAAGAAGAAGAA